AUGCUUCGCUACCUGUUGGUGGCACUGCUCGUGUCAACAGUAACGGCCGUUGAUAGAGAAAAGUUUAAAUCAUGCUCCAAGUCUGCUUUCUGCAAGCGACAAAGAGACAGAACGGACAAAAGCGUUUAUAAAGUUCUAACAGAGAGUAUUAAACUGAAUGAUACUUCUUUGACAGCCCAAAUCAAAAAUGAGGAUACGGAGCUGAAAUUGACAAUUGUUUCAUUGAAAGACUCUAUAGUUCGAGUAUUGAUUGAAGAGAGCGGCGACAUUCUACGCAAACGAUAUCAGCCUUUAGACGCGCUGAAAAAUCGUGAACCAGAUCAAACAGCAUUCAAAAAGAACAAAGUGGGGGAUACUGUUACAAAGCUUUUGACUAAAGAUGGCCAUCGUGUUGUUCUUCAACAUGAACCAUUCCGUGUGGAUUUAUAUGCAAAAGACAAAUUGGUACAAUCAAUCAAUUCUGAGAAUAAACUGUUCUUCGAGAAAUACAAAAAAAAAGUUUUGCUUUCUGAUCGUGAAAAAGGGUUCUGGGAAGAAUCUUUCGGCGAUCACAAAGAUACCAAACCUCACGGAUCUUCUUCUGUUGGUGUUGACAUUGCCUUUUUCGGAAUGAAAUACGUUUAUGGAAUACCAGAGCAUGCCGAAUCUUAUGCGUUAAGAGAUACAAAGAAUUAUGAGCCAUACAGAUUAUACAAUCUUGAUGUUUUCGAGUAUGAGUUAAACAACCCUAUGGCGCUAUACGGUUCCAUCCCAUAUUUGGUGGGAGCCUCAAGAAAGCGAACAGCUGGUCUUUUGUGGCUGAAUGCUGCCGAAACAUGGGUGGACGUUGAGACCUCAUCUGGGGAUAAAGGAGCAUUGAAAACUAUCUUAACUGAUCAAACACAGAAAGCCAGAGAAGUUGUUCAAAUCAACACUCAUUUCAUGUCAGAGUCUGGCAUCAUAGAUUUGUUUGUUCUGUUAGGACCUCAUCCUAAAGACACUGUUAGACAGCUAGCUGAACUCACCGGAGUGUAUCCAUUACCACCACUCUUCUCCCUUGGUUAUCAUCAAUCGAGAUGGAAUUACAAUGAUCAAAAAGAUUUAUUAGAAGUUCAUGAAAACUUUGAUAAACACGGAAUUCCAAUCGAUGUCCUAUGGCUGGAUAUUGAGCACACGGAUGGAAAACGUUACUUUACUUGGGAUAAGGAAAAAUUCCCAGAACCCGAGAAAAUGAUUGAUGAGUUAUCUAAAAAGGGUCGAAAGUUGGUUACGAUUGUUGAUCCACAUAUCAGACGUGAUCUUAACUACUCGGUUUACAAGAACGCCAAAAAAAAUUCAUUCUUCAUUAAAAAUGCUGAUGGCGAAACUAUAUUUGAAGGGAAUUGCUGGCCAGGAGAUUCAAGUUAUUUAGACUUCACUAACCCUAAAGUUCGUGAGUACUGGAGCACUCUCUUCUCGUUUGAAAAGUAUCCUGGAACGACAGAAGACGUUUUCAUUUGGAAUGACAUGAACGAGCCUUCCGUUUUCUCAGGCCCUGAAAUCACACUUCCUAAGGAUACAGUACAUGCUGAAGGAUUGGAACAUCGUGAAGUUCACAACAUCUAUGGUUUUUAUCACCAUCAGGCAACCUUCGAAGGAUUGAAGAAAAGGACUCAAAAAGAUAAGCGUCCUUUUGUUCUCACAAGAUCCUUCUUUGUUGGAUCUCAAAGAACUGCAGCUGUUUGGACAGGAGAUAACAAAGCGGACUGGUCCCAUCUUAAGGCAAGUAUACCAAUGACACUCAGCUUGUCUACUGCUGGAAUCCCACAUGUAGGAGCAGACGUCGGAGGCUUCUUUGGAGAUCCUGAUGAGGAACUUCUUGUUCGAUGGUAUCAAACAGGCGCAUUUCAACCUUUCUUCCGAGGCCAUGCUCAUCAAGACACUAAAAGAAGAGAACCUUGGUUGUUUGCGGACAGUACGAAAAACGCGAUAGCUGAGUCAAUCAAAUUCAGAUAUCAACUACUUCCUUAUUGGUACACUCUGUUUUAUGAGCACACGAAAACCGGAUUACCAGUUAUCAGACCCUUCUGGUUAGAAUUUUCAGCCGAUGAAUCUUCUUAUGAUGAAGAUCGUCAAUGGAUGAUCGGAAACGCUUUAUUAGUAAAACCAGUGAUGGAACCAUCAGCGCAAAUAGCAUCUAUAUAUUUACCAGGACAAAGAGAAGUAUGGUAUGAUUGGCACACAUCAAAAGCAAGACCUUCGCCUGGUGCCGUACAGUCUAAUGCAACAUUGACGUCUAUUCCUCUCUAUCAAAGAGGCGGCACCAUUGUUCCUAUCGUUGAAGCAAUCGGUGGAAACGCGAAUGCUGCUAGAAACGAACCAGUCACAUUAUACAUCGCUCUGAACCAAAAAGGUGAUUUUGCUAAUGGUACUAUUUAUCUUGAUGACGGAGAAACCCAUGCGUAUGAAAGAGGAGAGUAUGCAUACUGGGGUAUCACUUUUAAACGUGUUCACGACUAUCUUCAUACAAUCACAAAUAAGAAUCUUGAUACCAAUGGAAAACUGGAUUCCGAAGUAUUUGUUGAAAAAAUCGUUAUUCGCGGAGCUAAAUUUUAUCCAAGAACUGCGCACGUCUUUAUUGAUGAUUUCACUCCCGAACCAGUAGAUUUUGAAUACGACCGUGAAACGUUUGUUAUGGAGAUAACAACUCCUACUGGAUACAUCACAAGCGAAUUCCGAUUAGACUUACACUCUUGA